CUCGCUGCCGUUACCUAGUUUGUCCACAGGUGCAUUCGCCAUCCCGCUCGUUCUCUCGUAUCGUUUAGUCGACCUCUACCUCCCUCUCGUCGAAUAGCACGUAAAUCGUUCCUUCCUGCAAACAGAGAAACCUAAAUUUCUUGCCUCGUCGUUUGCAUUCGACCUGUGCUCAGGAGCCCAGGAGCUUCACACCCAUAGGACUCUGCACGCUCAGUCGUUUACAGGUUCAAUCUAAGAGGGGAAGAUGUCGCAUUUUGGGAGGGCAGGUCCUCCGGACAUCCGAGACACAUACUCGUUACUCGUGUUGAACAUUACCUUUCGCACAAGCGCGGAUGAUCUUUUCCCUCUUUUCGACAGAUAUGGCAAGGUUGUGGAUAUUUUCAUUCCAAGAGACCGGAGAACUGGUGAAUCACGCGGCUUUGCUUUUGUACGGUAUAAGUAUGCUGACGAGGCACAGAAGGCUAUCGAGCGUCUAGAUGGCAGAAACGUGGAUGGAAGGGAAAUUGCUGUACAGUAUGCCAAAUACGGCCCAAAUGCGGAGGCUAUUGCACGUGGAAGAAUCACUCAAGGAAGCCCAAGACGGAGAGGGAGCAGAUCAAGAAGUCGAAGUCCAGGGCGUUCAAGCCGUGGGAGGAAUCGAGAUCAGCAUUCAGACAGAGAUCAUCGCCCAAGACGUGGUCAUGAUGACAGGUAUGAACGGGAAAGGGUUCGGGAGCCUGAGAGAGAAAGAGAGAGGGAGAGAAGUCAUCACCGACAUCAUCGACAUCGCAGUCCCAGUCCAUCUCCAAGUGUUAGUCGAAGUCGCAGCCGAAGCCGCGGACGGUCUCACGAUGUUGAUACUCGACGUUCUCGAAGUAGAUCCCCUGUCCGCAGCAGAUCACCAGUCCCAAAAGCACCGUCAGCGUCACGGAGUCGAGGCAGAGAUACCAGUCCCAACCGGGCAUCCAGCCGUCCACGGAGUUUGAGCAGCAGCCAUCGCCGCUCUGCCGAGCCCGCGAAGGAAAUGACCAGGGAUGCUUCUCCUCGAGAAAAUGGAAGGCGCAGCCGCACGCCCGAUUCUCGACAAGCAUCACCUGAAGUUCGCAGUGCUGGAAAGCGGUCAGUCUCGCCUCAGCGUCGAAGUGAGUCGCGCUCAGUCGGAAGCCCUUCGCCAGCGGACCGCAGUCCAUCUCCAGAAAUGAUUCAAGAGAGCGUCCCCGAACCACUUCCAGCAUUAAAAGCUGAUGACGUCUCACCUCAAAAGUCUGACCAUGAGAAUCAAUGAGUCAGCACAAUUUCAAGUUGUGUUGAUGUAGAGACGGAGUGACUGGCUUUGGUAUGCAUGGCCGCUGAAUGGUAGACAUGACAGAAUGGAGGCAGAGAUUAUAAGGAAGUACCGAAGGUCAAUGGUUCGUUUGUGCAGUAGUUUCGGUGUCGAUCUUAUCAUCCAGGAGCUGGGGUGGUUGGAAAAGCGGAUAAGGACUGGCCUUCUUAAAAUUGGCAAUAUUUUCGGUGUCGGAUGGUUAGUCUGUUCACCUGGAGCAAUAUUGUUUUAGGUUACUUUUUGGUAGUGUAGGAUUCUGGCUCUUGUAGAGAGCACCCACUGGCCAGUGUGUAAGCAUGAUCCAGUGAACUAUGUCAGCUCUGGGGAACAGUGGUCCAGAACUGACAUAGGUGUUGUAAAUCGGGUAAUGUGCAGUACCCUCUCCCCUCCCGUGCCUAAGUUUUCGGUGCGGUAGUGUCCAUGUGAGUCCCUGCUUACCAUGUGAUUGCUUGCCCAAUACUUAUUGAAUCUUCUGGGGAAGUAACUCCUCUCUGACAGGAAUUUACAUCAUGAAAUCUGGGCUGUGAUAGUGAAGAGUGGGGUCGUGGGAACACCGCUGGUAGCUGUGGUGGCCACAUGGUGGUGGUGGUGGGAGGGUCUCCGUGUGGUCGCCCGCCGUUUCUGCUGAUGUAGCUGCUGAGUGGAAGAAUUGGACCUGAUUGCUGUUCAUCCCGCUUCUUUGAAUGUUGCUGUCCAAGGCCCAGGGCUGCAUGGAGGCCACUUGCGCAGUUACGUUUUGCACACAAAGGUAGAAUUUGCAUCAGAGGGUUGUGUGACCAGAUGUGCAGCUGCACUUUUCAUUGUGCGUCACUG